AUGGCAAAAGUGACACCACUGUACAAGAAAGGGGACAAACAUGAAGCUGCAAACUACAGACAUGUAAAGCUGACAGCCUUUCUAAAUAAAGAAAACAUAAGUGAUGUGCAACACAGGUUCAGAACUGGCAGAUCAACACAGUCAGCUAUUUAUUCCUUCUUAAAUGAAAUUCUAACUGCAGUAGAUAAUAAGCAACAUGUGUCUGGCACAUUUCUUGACCUUAGUAAAGCCUUCGAUGUAAUUGAUCAUAAUACUCUGUUGCAGAAGCUAGGUAAUUAUGGAAUACAAGGCCUGCCAAACAAAACAAGCAAGAUAAUAAAAAAUAAUGAAAAAACAGUGACAGUCAAUUUCCACACUUCACAGAAACUACAUCCUGCAAGACUGAUUUGUAAAAUUGAUGGAAAAACUGUCUCAUGUGUGAGUGACACAAAAUUUUCAGGUAUACAUAUUCAGCAAAACCUAAAAUGGGAGACACAUUUUAAUCAUGUAAAUAAAAAGUUAAACACACUUACAUAUGCAGUAAGAAUCCUCUCACAAAAUACAGACCUUGCAUCAGUGAUCACAAUGUAG